AUGGGUCAACACUACAAGCCCACCAUCGACUCUCACGUCGUCAAGAUUUUUGUUCUUGAGACUGAUACUCCUCACCCCGAUACCCAGUACGAGCGUGGUUCUUUCGGUCAGAUUCUACACCAUCAUUUCUCCAAAGCGGGUGAGAACCAUCAUCCUCCUGUGGGCGUCGAGACUGAACAGGUCUUCGUCGUCACGGAAGAAGGUGGACGUAUCCCCAAAGUCGACGAGUUUGACGAUUACGAUGGGUUGCUCAUUACGGGCAGCAUGUAUGACGCGCAUGGCGAUAACCAGUGGAUUCACGAUCUAAUGGACAUGUUGAAGCAAUUAUGGACCAAGAGACCUGAAUUUCACUUUACGGGAGUGUGCUUUGGUCACCAAAUCCUCAAUCGCCUGCUAGGCGGCAAGGUUGGCCCUUCGCCCUCAAACGACUGGGAGCUAGGCCACAACGCCAUUACCCUCACACCAGUCGGCAAGCGCCUUUUCCGACUCCACGAGGACAAGGUCUACCUUCACCAAAUGCAUCAAGACCAAGUCCUCGAGGCCCCUACUAUCGAGUCAGCCAAGGGCCUCCUCCCAGAAGACACAGACAUUCACGUCUGGGGUAAGAGCGAACACACCUCUAUCCAAGGCUUGUACAUUCCCAACAGACUAUUCACUUCGCAAGCACACUUGGCCUUUGACGAGGACAUGGUCAAGAGACAGAUUCAGAUGCGCAUUGAUAGUGGUGGUAUCAAGGAUCUUGAGCAUGCGGAUAAGGCUGCUGAGACGGCGGAUUUAGAACAUGAUGGAGAUGCAGUUGCUGCGGCGAUUUUGAGAAUCUUCAAGGAUGAUGACGAUGGUAUGAAGUGGGGUUAA